UAAAUCUCUAUGUAUCUGAUUCAAAGAACAUCAAAACAAAUCAUUUAGUUUCACUACAUGUGCGUUUAACCUUCAAAUAAUACUUCAAAUAAGUAUAUCGUAUUCCUCGAUAUUGCUUCUGAUUCAUGUGGUUACAAAUUAUUAUUUCAAACUGACCCUCAAAUAUGGAUACAUGUUUUAUUCAAACCAAAGGUUCUUUAAAUCGUAAAACAGCAGAAAAAGAAUUCUCUGCAAUAUCAUUUGAAUCAUACAAACCAAAACCUAAGCCAGUAUUAGAAGAAAGCCAUAAAGAUGAAACAGAAAGCCAACUGAAAUCACAGCAUCAUCACAAAGAUGCACCUGAACUUAAUAUUAAACGGACCAAACAAGAGAUUAUUAGGUUUGGUAUGACAGGAUUCGAUGCUGCAACUCAGGAAGAUGCUAAAAUUAAGUUGGCAAUAAAGCUUGGUGCUAAACCUAAAAAGAAUAAACACCAGAACUACAAGUUACUUAUUGAGCAGCGAAAGAAGGAAAAAUUGGCAAAGGAGGAAGAGCUCAAAUUCCAACAGCUUGGAAAGAAUAAUGCUGGCAGAGCUACAGCCAAGGGCAAAUCAUUUGAUAAGAAAAGGAAAUUAAAGAGUGAUAUUUUAGAUAUAUAUGGCACUGUGAAGCCAAAAGAUCUUAAAAGUGUACAAAAACAUAAAAACUUUAGUAAAAUGAAAAGGAAAUAGUUUUCAUUAAUAUUUGUGGGUAAUUGUGUAAAGUAAGCUGUAAUUUGUGUUGCCUAUCAAUAAAUGCAAAUAACAAUUUUGUAA